AUGCGACAAGGGGUCCACGCUGACUCCGAGCUGCGCCGUUCUGAAGCUCCGCAACUCCUUCUGGCGGUCGGCCGGGGUGUCGAAACCCGAGAUCAAGGAGUCCUUCGCGGUGGCCCACUCCAUCUUCUCCGGGCCUCUGCACCCAUUACCGCCAGCGCCCGGCCCUUGAAAAGCUCUCGAAGGGCCCUCAACUUACCCCGGUCCGGUCGUAUUCCCGCCAGCUCAGCCAUAUCCUCGAAGGCUUCAGGCUAUGAAACUUUCCGCCCGAUCCUGGUCACGGUACCAAUUGUUAUAAUUCCAAAAGGCGGUGCUGAUCGAGGAAAUUCGUAUAUUGAGGAUCACAUCAGUAAUUUGAAAUACAUUACACAAAAACCUAAUCAGGAACAGACUUUCAUCGUUUUUGGCGGCACAUCAAAUACUAGCAGUUAG